AUUUGAGGCAUGCAAUCUUAAUGUAUCGUAUUCUACCAAGCUAUGCUACAAAAUUACGCCCACCCCCUCGCUAAUUUGCUUCAAGAAUACGCUCACUAUAGGAAAUGAUGCGACUUUGUCGCGUUGAGCUGUCAAGAAAAGGUUUCUAUAUUAAGUUCCCUACAGGUUCAGUUGUCCUACAGUCAGUGCUCUGAGGCUCCAGUGAAAAUGUCUUUGGGGCAAGCGAUAACUAUCAUUGGCAAGGUCUACUAUGGUGGAGGAAUCUGUGAUGACGAUGAUGACAUGUACUGUGUCCAUUGUUACAAUCCGCCACAAGACGUCUGGUCAGCUCUGCUCAAACUUCCUGUACGAUGGUUUGGUCUAGGAGAGGUCAAAGGUGAUCUGAUAGCAGUUGGUGGUAGGGAUUCAUCCUACUCUGCAUCCAACGUGGUACAUGUGUUUAACAAAGGAAGGAACUGGAAACGGACGAUCCCACCGAUGCCCACAGCAAGGACUUCACCAGCAGUCGUUAGUCUCCCAACGCAUCUUGUCGUAGCAGGAGGUCGGUUGGACUCUGGUACGUGUCUACACUGAUAAUUUUGAGAUCUACAACAUCAGCACCUCCCAGUGAAGCGAGACAGACAGACUACCGUAUGCUUGUUAUGACCAAAGAGGAAUUGUCUACAACAACACAGUGUACCUAAUGGGGGGAUAUGAUGGUAAUCAACUAAAGAAGGUGUGUGCUGCUCAAGUCGACAAGCUCAUCUCAACAGACCGACAGGAUGAUGGGAGUGCCAACAAAGCCAACUCUGUCUGGAAUACAAUAUCCAACACACAAUCUUACCGGCCUUCCCCUGUAACAAUAUCCGACACCCUCUUUUCUGUUGGUGGAGUGGAUAAUGGUGAAGCCACUCAAAGAAUCUAUGCCUACUCAUCCUCGAUGGACUCCUGGCUCUACGUUGGUGAUCUACCAUCUCCUAUAGCAUACGCUGCCACUGUGUCACUGUCUCCAACACAGUGCCUCGUGAUCGGUGGACGGAACAAAACAAAACAAUCAACUGUUCUUAAAAUGGUUAUCACCAAUUGUGUGCCAUAAUUCUUUUUGUAUGAGUGGGGCUAUUCAUGUGAGAUGUGUUAAAGAUUAGUAAUGCGUGGGUGGACCCAUUUGAAGGGGAGGGGCUGCUCAGAGCUGACCAGGUCUCAGUCAAGAUCACCAUUGGUCUUCUCCACACUCGGCCUGCUGGUACUAUAGCCACCCUCCCUGUGACUGUGUGGGGGGCAGACUGUGUCAGUUAGUAAUGUAUGUGUGGCCUACCGACAACAGGCAGUGUUGGGCUGCUCUCUGAUUGGUUACUUGGGAGCUGGUCUAGUGAUCAUUAGCAUCGAUAAAGUCAGUGGACCUGUCUCCACCACACUGCUUGAGGAACUGGACAAAAUAGUAAUCUGAAGCAUUUAUAGCUACUACACAUCAACUAGAGAUCAGAUGUGGUGCCAAUCUCUUUUGUCAUUUAAUAUUCAUUGCUGUGUUUACAAAAAUUUACAUUGACAUUAGGGGGAGGGGCUGACCUUGAGCUAGCUCAAAACCAAACACUGUAUACAGUAACCACUACAGUACCAACGCUCUUCCUAGACAGUAUUAAAGAUUCAGCUAAGCAAAGUCACACUAUAAACAAAGACAAAUGGCUGUAAAUCCACAAGCUUUCGAGCAGUUCACUCUGAGACAAAUUCGCAUCACUGAGAAUAAGCUUGGACAUGGUUCCUACGCUGUUGUCAUGGAGCUAGAGUAUCGAGGACUGAAAUGUGCCGGCAAGAAGCUUCACAGAGCUCUGUACGAAGCUGGAAUCGGGUAUGCAGCACGAAGGUAUCUGGAGGAGUGUCGCCUGCUCAGUCAAACUAGGCACCCCAACAUUGUACAGUUUCUGGGAGUCUGUUUUGAGGAAGGCUCUCAGCUCCCCAUCCUAGUCAUGGAGUUCCUCCCUACCAACUUGACCAGCUGUCUCGAACGCUACGGUAUUCUUCCCGAUGAGAUCAACUUCUCCAUCCUCCAUGACGUCUCACUGGGGCUGGUCUACCUCCAUGGCCAAACACCAAUUAUUGUGCACAGAGAUCUCUCAGCCAACAAUGUCCUCUUGUCCACCAACAUGACGGCAAAGAUAUCCGAUCUUGGGGUCGCUCGAAUAUUGAACCUGACCCCCCUUCAAGUGAGUCGAAUGACGGAGACCCCUGGUACCCCAGCGUACAUGCCCCCCGAAGUGAUGGUUGCCAACCCCCACUACAACACCAGUGUGGAUGUGUUCUCCUUUGGGAUCAUGAUGAUUCACACCUUCACAGCAGAGUGGCCACUACCAAGUAUCGGCCCCACCAGAAUCGAUCCUGCUAAUCCCAAUGGUUUGAUACCAGUGACGGAAGCUGAACGACGUAAAGAGUUUCUUCGAAAGAUUCCCCCAGACCACCCUCUGAUGGAUCUCAUCAUGCGCUGUCUCAGCAACAACUCUCAGCAAAGGCCUAGAGCAGUGGAGAUAGUGGGUCGGAUGGUGGGUGUGGUAAUUGAGUACCCUCCCUCCUUUGAGAACAGAGUGGAGAUGCUCCAGCGAGUGAGUGCCCUACUGACAGAGAAGAGAGAGCUUGAGGAGGAGGUUGUGAGGAAGGACUCGGCAAUCCAGGAGAAAGCAGGAGAGAACGAGGCACUGGCGGAGGAGAAAAGACGACAAGACGAAGAAAUUGAAAACACUGUCGAGCGUAUCCAGUUGGUGCACUCUGUGGAAAUUAAUCAGCUCAAAAUGGAUAAUGACAACCAUGUAACUGAACAUAGUGUAGAGAUAGAGGAUCUCAGAGUUGAAUUGGAGCUCAAAGAAGCAUUGGCUGCCACAAAAGAUGCACUAGUGACCUCUAAAGAUACUACCAUCGCUAGGUUAGAAACUCGAUGUAAGCAACUCACUGAAGAGGUGGAGCAACAAAUUGCCAACGUCGUCUACACUCACAACGAGCUUGUAUCUAAAGCUACGACAAUAGCUCAACUGGAAACAGAUGUAUCCAAUCUCACUGCACAAAUGGAACAGGAGCUAGCAGACAAAAACUAUAUUAUUGCUGACAAAGAUUCGACUAUCGCUCACAGAGAUUCGAUGCUUGCCUCCAAGGACGCUUCCCUUCAGAAGAAUAAAACCACCAUUCAGAGUUUAAACGACCAACUCACCAAAACCAGAGACUACCUGACCAGCAAACCACAGUCCCUACAGGUUCAGUUGUCCUACAGUCAGUGCUCUGAGGCUCCAGUGGAGAUGUCUGGUGGGCAAGCGGUAACCAUCAAUGGCAAGGUCUACUAUGGUGGAGGAGGCUGUGAUGAUGACGAGCACUGUGUCCACUGUUACGAUCCGCCACAAGACGUCUGGUCAACUCUGCCCAGACUUCCUGUAUACUAUUUUGGUCUAGGAGAGGUCAAAGGUGAACUGGUAGCAGUUGGUGGUGCAGAUUCAUCCAACUCUAUAUCCAACGUGGUACAUGUGUUUAACGAGGGAAGGAACUGGAAACAGAUGAUCCCACCCAUGCCCACAGCGAGGUUUUCACCAGCAGUCGUUAGUCUCCCAAAACAUCUGAUCGUAGCAGGAGGUCAGUUGGGGUAUACUGACUACACUGAUAAUGUUGAGAUCUACAACAUCAGCACCUCCCAGUGGAGCGAGACAGACAGACUACCGUAUGCUUGUUUUCAACAAAGAGGAAUUGUCUACAACAACACAGUGUACCUAAUGGGGGGAUUUGACGGCAAUAAUCUAAACAAGGUGUGUGCUGCUCAAGUCGACAAGCUCAUCUCAGCAGACCGACAGAAUGAUGGGAGUUCCAACAAAGCCGACUCUGUCUGGAAUGCAAUAUUCAGCACACCGUUUUACUGCCCCUCUCCUGUAACGAUAUCCGACACCCUAUUUGCUGUUGGUGGAGUGGAUAGUGAAGGUGGAGUGGAUAGUGAAGGUGAAGUCACUCAAAGGAUCUACGCCUACUCAUCCUCGAUGGACUCCUGGCUCUACGUUGGUGAUCUACCAUCUCCUAUAGCAUACGUUCCCGCUGUGUCACUGUCUCCAACAGAGUGCAUUUUGAUCGGAGGAGACGACGAAGACGUUGCGUAUCAAUCAACUGUUCUUAAACUUUCGCUCAAAAACGUUAUGAGAUAAACACUUGAGUUUCUGUGUCUUAUAAAAGUGUGAUUUUUAUAAUGGCUUGAGCAAACAAUACUGCUGUUGUGUCUGCAUGUGCUGAGUGGCUGAUAUUCAUAGAUUGUUAAUGUGAGAUGUGA